ACAGCAAUCAGCAAUCCACCUAUACACGACCUUGGUCCAAUCCAAUAAUUGAAAAAUAUUAUCUGCGGAGCUACUCUCCAGACGGGGCCAUUUUCUUUUCUUUUAACGAUAGAAAGUGGAUCACUACGUUGUUAUCUCGACUCGAUAAUUCUUUGAAAUGGACUUCUUUGAGAAUGAAGCUGAGGAGUCGGACCUUACCUCAGGGGGAGAUUUAUCAGCCUCAGAUGAAGAAGCAGAAAUAAAACCAAAAAGAAGGAAAAAAGAGAAAAAGAAGAAAGUCCGUGCUAGGAUUGAAGAUGAUGAUGAUGAAGAGGAGGAGGAGGAAGAAGAUCCAGAUGGAAUUGCAGAAGAGAUGAAAGAUUUCAUCAGUGAGAAUGUUGAAGAAGAGGAGGAGGAUGACGACGAUGAUGAUGGGGAUGACAGUGAAGAAGGCGAGGAACGGGGUAAACGCAAACAUGAUGAUGAUGAUGACAUUGAUGAUAGACUUGAAGAUGAAGACUUUGAUCUCAUUGAAGAAAACUUGGGUAUAAAAGUCAACAGAAAGCACCAGCACAAACGAAUUCGUGUCAUGUCAGAUGAAGGUAGUGAUAAUGAAGAGCCUCCUCAAGGCAUAGAUGGCAAGCAGGCCAUCCGUGAAACUCUAUUUGAUGACGACGAUGAAGUAGGCGAAGAUAUCACCACCUCACCAGCACGUGACAAAGACAUAGAGAGUAGGAAUGAGUUUGGUGAUCUUGAUGAAGAAGAAGAAUCAGAUAUUGAUGACUUCAUUGUGGACGAUCAGGGAAGGCCUAUUAGCAAAGGGAAGAAAAAAAAGCAUAUUAUCCAUAGUGAUGCUGCCUUGCAGGAAGCACAGGACAUUUUUGGUGUAGAUUUCAAUUUUGAUGAAUUUGACCAGGAUGGAGAGGAGGACCUUUAUGAUGAAGAGUAUGAAGAAGAGGAAGAAGGGGAAGAAGAUGGCGAGCAGCAAGUGCGAACCAAGCGACAGAAGAAGCGUGCCACAAAGAAAAGCAUCUUUGAUGUGUUUGAACCCAGCGAACUUGAGAGAGGUCACUUCACAGAUUUAGAUAAUGAAAUAAGGAUCACAGAUGUCCCCGAACGUUUUCAGCUUCGCCAAAUCCCAGUGAAACCCACUGAAGAAGGGGAACUGGAAGAAGAGUCUGAGUGGAUCUAUAAGCAGGCAUUUUCAACACCGACAGUGUCAAACCAGUCCUACUUGGACCAAGAGCAAAGUGCCCAGUAUAACUACAGCACUCGCAGGAGCCCCACUAUGGUCAGCAAAAUAAAGGAGGCUCUCAACUUCAUGCGCAAUCAACGUCUUGAGGUGCCAUUCAUCGCCUUCUACCGCAAAGAGUAUGUGGAGCGGGAACUAAACAUAAAGGAUCUGUGGAAAGUCUGGCAGUGGGACGAAAAGUGGACCCAGCUGACCACUCGUCGUAAAAACCUGACACGCCUUUUUGAAAAAAUGCAAAAUUUUUUGAGUGAGCGCUACUUAGACGCUGAAAAAAAUGUGGACAAGAGCUUCCGACCUAUCACAGAACAAGACUUGGAUAGAGUACGUUCAGUGCAGACAAUGGAAGAACUGCGAGAUGUUUACCAGCAUUUCAUCUUGUAUUAUGGCCAUGAAAUUCCUGCCAUGCGCAAUGCAGAAAAGCAGCAGAGAGCACGAUACCAAUCAGAACGUGAGGGCGAUGAAGCUGAGCAACCAGAUCAGGAUCAGCAUGACAGCCUUGUUAAACAAGCUACACGGCGUAGUGCCUACUCUAUCUGUCUUAGUGCUAAACUAGAUGAAAUGGCACGUCAGUUUGGGCUGAAACCAUCUGAAGUUGGAGAAAACUUGAGAGACAACUACCAGAGACAUGAUGUACAGCAAUGUCCUGUUGAACCUCUGGAGCUGGCAAAAGACUAUGUGUGCAGCCAGUUUGCAACUGUUGAAGACAUACUUAUAGGAGCCAGACACAUGGUAGCCAUGCAAAUCGCUCACGACCCAUUGGUUCGCCAGGCUGUGAGACAGACUUUUUUUGAACGAGCAAAGCUUUGUGUUCGACCCACCAAAAAGGGCCUGAAGCUUAUCGACGAAGCCCAUUCAUGCUACCCAAUGAAAUAUUUGCGGAACAUGCCAGUCAAGGAUCUGAAAGAUGAGCAGUUCCUGAAGAUCGUGCAAGCAGAGACUGAUGGCCUCAUUGUUGCAUCUAUUACCAUGGACGAAGAGGAUUCCAAUACUACAUCUUACUUUGAGGAAGUUCGCCAGUUGUACUACAGGGAUGAGUUCAGUCAUCUAGUGCAGCAGUGGAAUAUUCAGCGCAGUGAGGCCCUCAAGCAGGCACUGUACAAGAUUCUAUACCCACAGAUGGCUAAGGAGUUAAGAAGCAAGCUCAUUGCUGAAGCUAAAGAAGGCAUUGUAAAGGCAUGCAGUCGGCGGCUGUACAACUGGCUGAAAGUGGCUCCAUAUCAAGCUGAGCAGCAGCUUGAUGAAGAAUAUGAUGAUGAUGACAACAACAAUGGUGUUCGUGUUCUUGGCAUUGCAUUCUCGCCUGACAAAGACACAUCUGCUUUUGGAGCCAUGAUUGAUGGAGAUGGUGUGGUGUCAGACUUUGUCCGUCUUCCAUACUUCUGCUACCGACUAAAAUCUUUUCGUCAGAUGGAACGUGAUUGUAAGGAAAAAGACAUGCAGAAACUGAAGGAGUUCAUCCUGAACAAAAAGCCUCAUGUGAUAGCAGUGAGUGCAGAGUCACGUGAGGCCAUGAUGAUCUGUGAUGAUGUGAAACUAAUUCUUAAUGAGCUGGAGCAGGAGGAACACUUGCCUCCCAUCAGCGUGGAGCUGGUAGACAAUGAGGUGGCUAUGAUCUUUGAAAACAGCAACAAGGCUCAGGCUGAAUUUCGAGAGUAUCCUCCUACAUUACGUCACGCAGUCUCCAUUGCCAGACGUCUUCAGGAUCCUCUGAUUGAGUUUUCCCAGCUAUGUAACCCUGAUGAAGACAUCCUUUGUCUGAAGUAUCACCCUAUGCAGGAUCAGGUUUCUAAAGAGGAUCUGUUGAAUGCAUUGUACCUGGAGUUUGUGAACCGUGUCAACGAGGUUGGUGUGGAUAUCAAUCGGUGCAUCAACUUCCCACACACAGCUCCACUAUUACAAUUUGUAUGUGGCCUGGGGCCAAGGAAAGCUCAAUACCUCUUAAAGAUCUUGAAGCAGAACAGUGGGCGGCUUGAGAACCGAACCCAGUUGGUUCAGCUUUGUCACAUGGGGCCUAAAGUGUUCAUUAACUGUGCCGGCUUCAUCAAGCUUGACACCAACAGCCUGGGAGACAGCACAGACACAUAUGUUGACGUGCUGGAUGGGUCUCGUGUACACCCUGAAGCAUAUGAAUGGGCUCGAAAAAUGGCAGUGGAUGCUCUUGAAUAUGAUGACACAGCUGAAGAUGCCAACCCAGCUGGUGCCUUGGAAGAGAUUCUGGAGUCUCCUGAAAGAUUGAAAGAUUUGGAUCUUGAUGCCUUUGCAGAGGAGCUUGAGAGACAGGAAUAUGGUGAUAAGCAUAUCACCUUGUAUGAUAUAAGAGCUGAGCUAAAUCAAAGGUACAAAGAUCUGCGGACACCAUAUCGAUCGCCAACCAACGAAGAACGAUUUAACAUGCUUACCAAGGAGACACCUGAGACAUUUUAUGUUGGUAAAUUGGUGCUUUGCAGAGUAACGGGCAUUGCCUACAAACGACCUCAGGGAGAGCAGUUGGAUCAGGCCAAUCCCAACCGUAAUGAUGAAACUGGACUCUGGGAAUGUCCAUUUUGUCAUAAAGAUGAUUUUCCAGAACUUAGUGAGGUGUGGAGUCAUUUUGAUGGAAGCAACUGCCCAGGCUCUGCAGUUGGUGUAAAAACACGACUUGAUAAUGGUGUAUCAGGUUUCAUCCACACAAAAAACAUCAGUGACAAAAACAUAAAAAAUCCUGAAGAGAGGGUCAAGAUUGGCAUGACCAUUCAUGCUCGCAUCAUUAAAAUAGACAUCGACAGAUUCCAGGUUGAGUUGACUUGCAAAUCAUCAGAGCUGGUUGACAAGGAUAAUCAGUGGAAACCUCAGAAAGACUUGUAUUAUGACUUUGACAUGGAGAAAGUGGACAUGGAGAAAGAAACGGAGAAAGCAAAACAGCAUGCAAGGCAAAUGUACAUCAAGCGAGUGAUAGCCCAUCCUAAUUUCAAGAACAUCGGCUACAAGGAGUGUGAAAAAGUGAUGGCCUCUAUGGAUAAUGGUGAUGUGAUAGUGAGGCCUAGCAGCAAGGGGGCUGACCAUUUGACAGUAACAUGGAAGGUGUGUGAUGGCAUCCUGCAGCACAUAGAUGUCAAAGAGGAGAAGAAAGAAAAUGCCUUCUCUUUGGGAAAAUCACUUUAUAUUGGUGAAGAGGAAUUUGAAGAUCUUGAUGAAAUAAUUGCCCGCCACAUUCAGCCAAUGGCAGCUACUGUAAGAGAAAUCAUGAGUUACCGCUACUUUCGUGAAAUUGAUGGCAAACGUGAUGUCCUUGACAAAAUGUUGACAGAGGAGAAAAGGAAAACUCCUUCAAGAAUUCCAUAUGCAUUCAGCACUUGCCCUCAGUAUCCUGGCAAGUUCCUAUUGUCGUACAUGCCUCGUAAUAAGACAAGACAUGAAUACAUCUCGAUCACACCUGAAGGCAUUAAGUACCGCCAGCAGAUUUUCAACUCACUCAACAGCAUGAUCCGCUGGUUUAAGGAGCAUUUUCGAGAUCCAAUCCCAGGGACACCGGCAAGCACUAGAACCCCACUUGCAUCAUCAACCUUUGCAACUCCUAGCAUGGCCUUACCAGGUAUGACGCCACAGGUUGGGCGGCCGGUGAGUGGAAUCUAUGGCAGUCUGCCUCAGGCCACACCACAGGCUGCCACUCCUCAGUUCCCAUCACGGGGAUUCCCAGGGUCUUUUGGUGGAAAUGUGCAUGGAGGCUUCCAGCCUAUCGCAACACCAAUGAUGACGCCGAUGAUGACACCUUCAUCAUUCGUGGCACCUGCCCACAUAACUACCCCAGCUGCUGCUACACCUUCAUACCAGCCCACACCUCGCAGCAGUGCAUGGCCAGGUGCCACACCACGCACUCCAGCCGUGUCCCGCACACCUGCAAGAUCAUCAGCUGCUGUGUCUCGCACACCAGCCAAUGUGCACACACCAGCAGUCCCAACACCUGUGUCAAGGACACCACGAAGUGGGGCCUCACCUUCAGUUGCCAAACCUGGCUCUACAGCAGGCACAGAUUGGGCUAGAGCAGCUGAACUGUGGGCUAAGCAGCGGCAGAAUGAACUUAAGGAGAUAGGUGGCUCCACUCCACGAGGAUCCACUCCACGAGGGGGCACCCCACGAGGUGGCACCCCACGAGGAAACACACCACGACACAAGAGCCCACGUGCUCCAGUGUUGUCGUCACCAGCACCUUUACCUUCUACAUCAUUUGAUGCCUAUGAUGACUCGCCACAAGGAGAUGGCACACCACUAAUAGACGAGCGCUAAAGAGCAGUUGGUGUUGUGUGCAGUGUCUAUAUGUGUAUAGAGAGGGAUGAGAUUUGUAUAUACAUGAAUGGAUGUGAACAUGUUCUUGUUAGUGUGAGACUAUGACUGCAAGACGCGAGAGCUAUGAAAUUGAGAGCUAUGAAUGCAAAAAGGCACACAUGUCUUCAUUGUAUGCAAAGAUACACAAUUUGAGGUAAAUGCAUAUAUAAUAAGCUGUAUAAUAAUUACAGUAUGUAUCUUAUACGUUCACCCUUGGCUUCUUUUAAUAACUUGAGAUUAGCAGCAACAGUUCAAUACCUCAAGUUCAUUAUGAACCUUAAUCUAUAAUUACUUUUAAUUGGUUAGCAUCCUUUGCCUUUAUACAGUUUUUGAUAGCUGACGUCUAGAUUCAUACAUCCACUAAAUGCAGUGAGGUUAUGCAAUACAGUUCCUUUCUAUGUCGUGUUGGUAAAAAGGAGGAGGUUAUAUAUCCACAGAGUAACAGGAGGCUGUUGUAUGCAACAGUUCCUUCUGUAGCAAUGUGUACAAGGUGGCUUUGUGGGCUGGCCAUGGGAAUUCAAGUGACUUGCUUUGUCUGAAAAGGUCUUAGAGGUAACAAAGACUAAAGGUCACUGCAUUUACUAUAAACAUUGUUGACAGUUUUCCUGAUCACUUGUGUGAAAUAUAAAAGUAUUUGGUAAAAGCAUGUGUGUCUGAACUUGAAAGAAAUCAAAAUGCAUUGCAAAUGAGAUUUUAUGCUGUGUUGCCAGGAGAGAUGUCCUGGUAGAUGUAAGUUGAUAAUAAAAACAUUCAAUGCAA